AUGCUUCAACCUCGGAUCGUUGGUGAGGAACAUUACGAAACCGCCCAAAGAGUUAAGCAAACUUUACAACGUUACAAAGAACUCCAGGACAUUAUAGCUAUCCUUGGAUUGGAUGAAUUAUCCGAAGAGGAUCAUUUACUCGUAGCAAGAGCGCGAAAAAUUGAGCGUUUCUUAUCACAACCCUUUUUUGCAGCAGAAGUAUUUACCGGUUCUCCAGGAAAAUAUGUUGGUCUAGCAGAAAUAAUUCGAGGAUUUCAAUUGAUCCCUUCCAGAGAAUUUGAUGGAAGCUACCGCGAAGGCUAUGAACUUAGAAAUGGAGAGCAAUUUGAAGAAACGGCCUUAAAUCUUAGUGUACUGACCCCUAAUCGAAUUGUUUGGGAUUUAGAAGUGGAAGAAAUUGUUUUAUCUACUAAUAGCGGUCAAAUUGGCAUAUUACCAAAUCACGCCCCUAUUGCCACAGCUGUAGAUAUAGGAAUUUUGAGAAUACAUCUUAACGACCAAUGGUUAACGAUGGCUCUAAUGAGUGGUUUUGCUAGAAUAGGAAAUAAUGAGAUCACUGUUUUAGUAAAUGAUGAGGAGAAGGGUAGUGACUUUGAUCCACAAGAAGCUCAGCAAACUCUUGAACUAGCGGAAGCUAAUGUGAAAAAGGCUGAAGGAAGGAGACAAAAAAUUGAGGCAAAUCUAGCUCUCCGACGAGCUAGAACACGGGUGGAGGCUAUCAAUCCGAUUUCAUAACUAGUUGGUACGUUCGAAUAAUAAAAAGAAGUUCUCUUUCUAAUCCUAUUUAGAUUCUGUCGGGUGAAUACAAUCAAAUAUAAUCAAACAGA